AUGUCAGCGAUACGGGUAGAACCACUGAAGAAGAAAAACACUGGUUCAGUAUACGUGACAUUAGAUGAUGAUGAAAUCAUCGAUUACGAUUAUUCUGAUUUCGAGGACCUAGGAGAUCUGUCAGGUGGUACAGAGAACGAAGUGGUACCAGAAGGAGAAGUGUGGGUGGAAGGAACUUCAGAGAAACCCACCGAAGGUAUCACUGAAGGAAAAGUUCUCGUGAGCCAAAAUGUAAAAUUUUCAGGUGUACCUAAGAAUAAACCACCGGUAGAACCUAAAGUCAUUAGAGAGAUGAAAGAGAAGAGUAAGAGAAGGGAUAAGAUGAUACAUAGCGGAGGUUCUACUCAACCUCCAUCGUCAAAUCCACGAAUACCGGGAACUUGGGCUGACAGUAAUAAACUUACAGUCGGGAGGAUUGCUGGGGAGCAACCUAAGAGCAGGACGAUCAGACGGUCCAGGAACCGAGGGAGUAGCAACAGUCGCGAAAACGGAGGGAGAAAUUUGGGACAUGAUGAUUUUGCUACUAAUGAUAGAUAUCGUCAGCCAGGUACUCGAAGCAAUUUCAUCGAUUCUCGGGAUUCUACUAGCAAACCUGAAGUUUUAAGAAGCAGACAGGAUAAAGGGAAGUUCAGAGAGUCAGAAAUGAGAGAUAGAGGUGGAGAAAGACGAAAGGUGGACAUACCGAUAAUUGGAGGUAAAAGUGAUGAAGUAAAAGGAAAGAUAGAGAAGAAGGGAGGUUUUCCAAGUAGGGCCUGGGUUACCCCCGGCGCCGUCCGGGGAGUCGAACCCAGGAUCCUACCCGUAACCGCCGAUUAA